GAUGGACCCGUUUUUGGUUUUACUGAAUUCCUUCUCUGUCAACAUAUCUCCCAAUGAGCUUUCUGAUCUCAAGUUUCUGUGCCAGUCAAAAAUUGGUAAAGGAAAGCUGGAAGCUGUGAAAAAGGGCACAGAGCUCUUCACCAUUCUCCUUGAACAGCAAGACAUCACACCCUGCAAUGUGGAGUUUUUAAGAGAGAUGUUCAAAAGUCUGAAAAGAGAAGAUCUGCUAACUCAGCUAGAGCAGUUUGAAGAAGCCGUAGAAAAUGACCCUGCUGAUCAACUAGAUGUCAGUGAAAAACGUAAGGUGGAGAGAGCUUUUGAAGUCAUAUGUGACAGUGUUGGAAAAAACUGGAGAAUGCUGAUUCGAAAACUUGGAAUUUCAGAUGCCAAAAUAGAUCGAAUUGCAGCUGCCCAUCCAUUCAACUUAGAGGAGCAAUUGAUGCAAUCCCUUCUAGCAUGGAAGAAAUUAAAAGGAAAAGAAGCUAAGGCUGAUGACUUAGUAAAAGCCCUCAGGGCUUGUAGAAUGAACCUAGUGGCAGACAAAAUUGAAGAUGCUGUACGUCUGGCCAUCUAAAAUGCAAUACAGUCACUGGGAAGAAAC